CAUAUAAAGUCAAUUUUGUAGACGCACUCUCUCGUCGGUGGUCAGUACACCUGAGCAGUUUCGGUUCACCAUGGCAGACGCUCUGGCUAAAAUCCCCGAUGUAGAGAUUGAUCCAGAGGGAACGUUUAAGUAUAUACUGGUCAGAGUGAAAGUGAAAGAUGGCGAUGUGCACAAAGACAUAGUCCGAGGCACAAAAAGUGCAGAGUAUCACAAUCAUAUAUUUGAAAAGGUCGCUCCAGCCAUGGAGGCCUUGGGGAUGGAGUGUCAGUGCCUUGGAGGAGGGAAGAUAGAGCACAACAGCCCAGAGAAAAAACUCAGGGUGUUUGGAGAAUCAACUGCCUUUGGCAAAGCAGACCACUCUGUGUCUGUGGAGAAGCUGAAGACGUCCUUCGCCGAUUAUGAGAUCUCCUGGUCUGACGACAAAAAAUAAGGAACAAAGCAGCAUAAAACACCAUCUCCUUUCAAAUGUCUGCCUUUAUUUAUCUGAUCCAAUACGGAAACCACACAGUAAUGCUUUAACAGUCAAUAAACAGUACUUCAGCAUUUAA